AGUUGAGAUUUGCAAUGCGGUAGGAACGUCAGCGAGUUUCUGAGGAGGCGGAGGGGAAUUUCCCUGCUGAACUUCAUUACAAUCUCACAGUACCUCUCCUAACUUUGCAACCAGUACGUUUAAGAGUGAGGACAGCAUAGUUACAUAGCGGAAUAAUUCUGUGGGCUAUAAAAGGGGAGCGAGGUAAACUGCCAUGGACGUGCGAGGUCACCUGCCUGCUAUGUCAAGGCUUCCCCUUCAAGGUGAACCUUAUGUCGAAAUUGUUGAGCAGCCCAAACAACGUGGUAUGCGUUUCCGGUAUAAGUGUGAAGGACGAUCAGCUGGUAGCAUUCCUGGGGAGCACAGCACAGAUAAUAAUAGAACAUAUCCUUCCAUACAGGUCGUAAACUAUUUUGGAAGAGGGAGAGUUUUAGUUACUUUAGUAACGAAAGUUGAACCCUUCAAGCCCCAUCCACAUGACUUGGUUGGGAAAGACUGUAGAGAUGGGUACUAUGAAGCUGAUUUUGGCCCUGACCGUAGAAUUCUUUGUUUUCAGAACUUGGGAAUUCAGUGUGUAAAGAAGAAGGAAGUAAAAGAGGCAAUUCAGCGACGCCUCACCCGCUUUACGGUUCCACAGGAGCCGCUGCUUCAGGUUGAAGAUUAUGACCUGAAUGUGGUGAGGUUGUGUUUCCAGGUGUUUCUUCCUGAUGAACAUGGCAGCUUCUCAAGAGCUCUUCCACCAGUUGUCUCAAACCCUAUAUAUGAUAACAGAGCACCAAACACAGCAGAGUUGAAAAUUUGUCGUGUCAAUAAGAAUACAGGUACUGUUAAAGGAGGAGACGAAAUUUUUCUGCUGUGUGACAAGGUUCAAAAAGAUGAUAUUGAAAUUCGUUUUUUCACUCACAAUUGGGAGGCCAAGGGUUCGUUUUCACAAGCUGAUGUCCACCGACAAGUUGCCAUUGUCUUUCGAACGCCGGCAUAUUGCCAAACAAACAUCACUGAGCCUGUAUCAGUGAAAAUGCAGCUUCGGCGACCUUCGGAUCAGGAAGUCAGUGAAUCUAUGGAAUUCAGAUAUCUUCCAGAUGAGAGAGAUAACUGUUUUUCUGAAAAACGAAAGAGGACAGCAGAUGUUUUCCAAAAGUUGCUGCAGGACUGGGCACCUGCAGAUGUACAAUGUAUGCAAAACCGAGCAGACAAAAUGGUUGGUGUGCCUCCUGCAAGAAGAGCCUAUGCACUCUCAAAGGCCAUUAAACAAGAGCCUCAGGACCCAUUUAUUGGACUACAACAGGCACAAGUAAUGCCAAAUCAGCAGCAUACUAAAAGUUUGGCGGCUAUGAAUCAGAAUCAUCAUAUUUUUAAUAACACAGUUUUCAGAAAUUCAAACCAGAUUUUCACUUCUGCCCAACAAACAUUGGUAUCUACAACCACAACACCACCUGCCCCUCCAAGCUGGCAUCAGAUACCUUCUUACAACACUCUAAAAGGGGAUUUGCAUCCACAUACUCCUGCAAAUCAUAAUUCCUUGCCAGUGCUCAGUGAAGAUGUGCUGAAAUGUUUGGAACCCCCUACACAGAACUGUCCUGUAGAUUCAUUAGGGUUUAGACACGAUAUCAGCAACAAUGGCAUCGGAGCUCAAUGCAUUCAACAACCUACUGUUUUAAGCACUUCCAAUGCAAUUGUAAAUCAGAACCCUCAAGUAAAUAUGCAGAUACUUGCUGGUAAUAACAUUGACCAUAAUGAUGUACAUUUGGUAAGUACAAACUGUGAACAAGCUGCAUCCAUUCCAGGUCUAUGGAAGCUAUCAAAUCAGCAACAACCGCCAUCCAUUCAAAGUGUUCAGUUAUCUCAAAAUACCUUGGGAAACACUGCUGCUAUCAAAACUGCUCAAGCAAAUUCACAACUACCCACUGACAUUCGUAUAGAUGGUGUCCUUGGACAACUGAACAAUGACCUACCUUUCAAUGGAGGCAUGCAGAUGACGGACAGCAUGACAAAUAAUAUGUUCAAUGUUGAUGGAAUUGAAGGUAAUGAUUGUAUGAAUCCAGUAGCCUCAGACCAUGUGGACCUGGCUUUCAUUAAUGAAUUUCCGACUCCUUCUGAAGAUUUCAAUGACUUCAUUCAGUCUUUUUGUCAGUAAAAGGAAGUGACAUGCUAGGUGGAAUCAUGUGCCCAUUAAGAAUAGGGCCCCAACCCCACACUUGACCAUCAACACACGGGCCAUCCUGAUAUUUCGGGAGGCAGCCUCCUGAUUGGCCAGCUGCAGGUCUGCUGUCCAAUUGGGUUCCUGAAGCAGCAGACCCAAUCAUAGCACCUGCAGUCAUGGAAGGAUGGCAGCCCCACCGGCAAAGGUGGGUUCUGCUGCUGCAGGAUAGGGACCACAAGGGUUCCACUAUCUUUAGGCACCCUGUGAAGAGUUCCCUCCAAGUCACACCAUGGAAAUAUGUCACUGUUCCUUCGUUGUCAGUGGGUCAAAAUCCUGGAACUCCCUUCUUACCCACACUGUGGGUUACCAUGUGGACUGCAGCAGUUCAAAGUGGUGGCUCACCACCACCUUCUCAAGAGCAAUAAAUGCUAUGAAGCUCUCAUCCCAUGAAUGAAUAAAAAUAAGUAAAUUAAAAAAAAUUAAACUAGCACCCAGACUAUCCCUUAACUUUCACCAUGAAAGUUGGUCACCUUGGUGGAAGCCUCAGGCCAGCCACACCAGGAGGAUCUUGACGGUGUCCCGAGACAACUUGCAAAUGGUUAGUUAAUUAUUCAAAUUGGCCACCCAACCCUAACAGGUGGAUGAUAAUUACCAGUGAUGGCCUUCCUCUGUCAAGAUUGCCUGGAGUUGGGAACACAUCUGAUGGUUGACCUGACACCGAUGUGAACUUCUUCCCAGUCAAGUUUCAAGCCCAGCUCUGUGGGAUUAGGAAGAUUCCACCCAUUAUGUGUGGAUCGCUUCAGGAAAAUCAGUUGCUCCUUUUAGUUGAGGAUUGGCUACAGAUAUAUUAAAGUUAAGAAUGAUGUUACACCUUAUAGGAAAUGAAUUGGAAGUAGUGUCCAAAAGAAGUGGUUAAUACUAUUCCUCAAUCUCAGAUCUUGCAAUUCCAGAGUUUUAGUAUAAUCUGUUCAGCAAAUACUGAAACUUCCUAGUUUCCUAAAUGUAGAUGGUUGCUAUUCAGUGCUGUGUGAUUCAUUUUUUUCCAUUUUAUUACAGUAUUUAAGUUCUCAAACCAAGUGAAAGAAUAGCGUUAAAUUAGGAAAUUAGCACAACUUGGUGAAUUAUACAUUGUAAAGUUGUAAAUUCACUUUUAUAUAAAAAGGGAUUCCCCUUAAUGUCUGUAAUGACUGUGUCAAUCUCACUGUAUUUAGCACAUAAACUUUGCAAGGUAAGUUCUCAAAUUUAUAAAUUUGUUUAUUUUGGAAUUUGAAUGUAAAAUUGUAAUAUUGCUUGCUAUGAAAUUUUUGUGGUAUGGGAUUUUUAAAAAAAUCACUACCAUACCUGUACUGUAAAUAUUUUUCAAACUAUUUUCUCCGUUUUUCAGUGUUUAAUUGCUGUUUUUUUUAAAAUUAGAAUUACUGCUACUAUCACUGCAUGUAAUUUUAUUCCUUUGUAUCUUUAAAUAAAAUUAGUUCAAAAUUCA